AUGGCAGCAACAUUCCGGUGGCUUCUACUUGUGUUAUUGGUGCAUAGCCAACGCCUUGUGAAUGCACAGUUAGGAACACCAGAGAAUCUCUCUAUUCAGACAAAGGAUGCAAACUACAUCCCCAUUGAUCAGAUAGAUUUAACUGGAAAGCUUGGACUAGUAUUCCAAGUGCAGGCCUGUGAAUCAGCUUAUGUCGCAUUGUCAGCCAUUUUUGGAAAUACCAACUCUCGAAUGUACGAGAUCGUGAUAUCAGAAUGGUCAAACACAAAAUCCGUGAUACGAGAUUGUAGAGGAAGAUGGUGUAAUAGAGCUGAAUCACCGACUGAAGGUCUUUUGAAGUGUAAUGCGUCUGUGUCGCUGUGGGUCGGAUGGACAAAUGGACACAUUACUCUUGGAAAAGGUCGGGAUUUAGGAAUAAAACCUCUGUUAGAGUGGGAGGAUAGCAGUCCUGAAUACAUCACUUCGUUAGCUGUUAGUACUGCGAAUGGUGUCGAUGGAACCUGGACAUUUACACCCGAUGACAACUGCAGUUUACCAUUGGGCAGGAGUAUAAUAAAUAAUGGACAGAUAACGUAUUCAUCCCCCUCAACUGGGUUUCCAAGAUUUAACCAUAACAGUGGAUGGCAACAUUAUGGUUCAAGUACACCGUGGCUACAAGUUGAUCUGCUACAGCCACAUAAAAUAACAAAGAUGGCGCUACAGGGAUAUGCUCCGGGAAAUUCCUAUUGGGUGAAAACAUUCCAAAUACUUUAUAGCGUUGAUGGAACCGAUUGGCUGUACUACAAUAACAGGCAAGCUGUACAGGGGAACAUCAAUGGUCACGAUGUUGCAAUUAUUGAGAUUGCAGAGAAUGUGGAAGCAAGAUAUUUUCGCAUCCUUCCCAUAACGUGGAAUAGUCGCCCCGGUAUACGAAUGGAGCUCUAUGGGUGUCGAAAGGCAGUGUCGGAAAAGGAAUACACACACAUCGAAAGUGAUAUUUUGGGUGAGGAGGUCCUAUUCUUACACCUCAGUCCGUACAUUGUAUCAAGACUAGUUACCAUUAGACCAAGUGGGACUCUUACGAUUCAACCAGGCGUCAAAAUUAUCUUCACAUCAGCUGAAGCUGGAAUUGACGUUCAUGGUAAUCUCUUAGCUCAAGGGAUCGAUAAUCUUCCUGUUGAAUUCACAGCGGAUGAUGCCGUCUCUGAAAUUUCCUCGCAUUGGUCAGGACUAAAAAUUGUAUCCGGUCAUUCAUCAUUGAAACACGUAUAUGUAGAAGGGGCAAAUGUGGGUAUUCAAGCAACAGGCUACUCCGUAACUCUAGAUCACGUGACCAUCACAAAAUGCGCAGCUGGGAUCAAGUACACCGACGGAGGAUCAUCCGCAAACUUGACAAUGAUAUCUGAUUCAUACAUAGGAAAUAAUGGCGAGCAUGGUAUUGAAUUUAAAGGGAGCCCUGUCCACCCUUUUCUAUCAAUCACUCGGACUAUUAUAACGGGCAGCCGAAGCUCCGGCAUAUAUUGCAGAGACACCCAUGCAAAUAUCUCCAUCGAGGACUCGGAGUUGUCGCACAAUGCUAAAAGUGGUUUAGAAACGUUUCAAACUGUAGGUUAUAUCAAUAUACACAGGUCAGAAAUCCUGCGAAAUAGGAAUAAUGGGCUCUAUAUUUACAGAAUAAGUGGGAAUACCACUAUUGAAUCCACACAAAUGAAAGAUAACUACUAUUACACAAUAUAUUAUUACGCAGAUGAUAAUUACAGAGGUGGGCCUUUUUUACUGAUAAAUAAUUCUAUUGCGGGAGAAGUAAAUAGUCGCCAAUACCAUGCCUUAUAUUUCGAUCCAUACUACUUUGAUGGAGAAGAAAUACUCAUCGAAAGAAACACGUUCAAGGACAUAUCAACCUCUUAUCCCGCGUUGCAAAUAGGGAAUAGGCCUAACUACAAACAGUCUGAAUUGAAUAUAAGAAUAACAAAUAAUGUCUUCAACAACUGCUUCAAAUCAAUGUUGGUCAGGGUCUUCCACAAUACAAACCUAUUUAUAGAAGACAAUAUAAUGGAAAAUAACAGAGCUGAUAGUCGAUACAUCGAUGUCCAGUUAUUUAGUUCGACUAAUGGUAGAGUACAUAUUGUCAGAAACAAAUUUACAAACAUUUCUGCAUCCACUUGGCUAUGGAUAAACACGGAUGAUUUCAUAAUGGCAAACAAUUCCUUCGAACGAUUCAAAAGCGUUGAUCAAUGUGCAUUAUAUGUUUCUGUAUCUAAAACAGACUCAAUAAUUAAUGCCCCAUAUUCCUAUUGGGGCUCGUCUGAUCCAGGUGAUGUGAAACAUAGAGCAUGUGGGAACAAUAGGGAUAUGAAUCUUGCACAUGUCACCGUGUCACCUUUUUACACUGACCGCAAUCUUACUGAAUUAAAUGAAGAUAAAAAAGUAGAUUUCUACUUUACUGAUGCAACGGGUGGUAUUGGUGGCGUGCUAUUGAGCAACGAAACAAUUCCAUAUGUCUUUAAUCAUACCUAUCACGUUCGGCGCAACAUCUUUAUAUUUCCAAAUGCUACUCUCACUAUAGAUUCUGGGGUUAAACUUGCCUUUGACCAAGGCAUCGGAAUUUACAUAAUUGGUGAACUUGUCAUCAGAGAGGGUGACAAUCAUGGUAUUACAUCGAUGAGAAGAAAGAAUCCGACUGGAAAAUGGGGAGGAAUUCGCAUAGGAUCACCGUCAUCUGUGGGUCUCUUUCUCAAUAAUGUUCAGCUAGACGGUUCCACGUAUGGUAUUCACGGCCCAGGCAGGAACAUUACUCUUAAAAGUGUAACGAUCACAAACACGGACUAUGCCAUAUAUGUAUCGGAUACCAUAACCGAAUACCUCAAUAUUGAUAUUACUAACAGUACGAUAGACACAUCUACUAAAACUGGAAUUUACCUCAAAACGUCAGGUUCAAUCAUAAGAGAUUUCAACUUAACAAUGAAGAACGUGGUCAUCCGUAACACACGUGGUAGUGGAGCUGUGUAUAUCAAUGGAGUUAGUAGUCACACAAAUGUCCAGCUUCGUGGUUGUGAAAUUUCAGAAUACUCAUCAUAUGCUAUUUAUGCGUACAUUAGCUAUGGUAUGUUUGAGCUUGGAAACAGCAUCAUCAAAAGAACUAUCAACCGAUAUGGUUUUGGUGUGCAAUACCAAACCAUGUGGACCAAUUACGGAUCAAGAACUAUUUCAAUAUACAAUAAUACAUUUAUUCAACACAAUUCUUACUACGAUUACGGAAUGGUUUCUAUUAAUACACAGGCUUCAAGAUCCGGUUUUGAAAAGGCCUCAUUUAUAGAAAUUGCCAACAACACAUUUCGAUCAACAUAUCAAUCAGAGCAAACAUCUGCUAUGGUACUAUCAAAUAUCAAUUAUUUCUCUUCAAUCAUGAUAGAGGGAAACAUUAUACAUAGUAUGGGUCGUGUAGCGUGUGACAUUGGAUUGAAAGCCGGAAUUGGAACCGUUGAUGUUACUGGUAACGUAAUUUCCGAGAGUAACGGAGCUUUAUCUCUGACAUCUGACUUCACAAGUGGCACGAAAAUCAUGAAUAAUCGGUUCCUCUAUAACUUUGGAAGCGACAAUGUCAUAAUUAAUCCCAGCACAGUGAAUAACUGUACUAUCAGUUACAACGUCUUCUUGAAUAACAGCAACAACGCUCUUACCCUCCAAGGAUUCCAAUCUGGCACAUUGUUGAACUACAACUUGUUUGAUAACUUUCUUGGAGAACAUAGUUACAACGUAAAGGUAAGUUCUCCAAAAGGCAGCUAUGAUAUAAAUUCUAAGUUCAACUGGUGGGGCAGUAAAGAGCAGUCACAAAUAUCGGCAAGCAUAUAUGACAACAAGAGAGACCCUUCCGUUGGUGUAUUAGACAUUCGUCCGUAUCUUCUCUCACAUAAUUACUCUGACGUGUCAAUUGAAGAAGACUUUUUUAGACAAGAUGGAAGUAUUGGAGGGGAAAUUACGGGGAACGUAACUCUCAGAUGUGAUGACAGUCCAUAUAACGUCGCGUCAGACAUUGUAGUUAUGGAGGAGGCUUCUUUGCUUAUUGAACCAUGUGUUGUACUCAGAUUUUCUGAGAACAUUGGUAUUAGAGUAAAAGAUUUAGUUGCAAACGAAGGAGGACAACUUCGAUUGGUAGGUGGAACUACAUCGGGGAGACUUGAAGUAUUCUAUAAUGGCCAGUGGGGAUCUGUAUGUGACGAUUGGUUUGAUAUAAACGAUGCUAAGGUUGCCUGUAGACAUCUAGGUAUGAGGGAAGAGGGAGCAACUUUCAGAACAGUUGGUGGUGGUACUGGCCCUAUAUGGUUAGAUGACAUGGAUUGUGACGGAGAACCUAAACCAUCUACUGUUCGUCAUGUUAACAUAACUGGAUCAAAAUAUGGCAUGCUGAUAAACGAUGUCCCAAUUGAAGCUUAUAAUGUGCACAUUGAAGACGUUGGCACUGGACUCUACUUUGAAGAAAAUAGUUUUGGAAGUAGUAUGAUUUUUCGUGAUAGCAGGAUAAGUCAGACAACGGAGAAUGGCAUACAUAUAAAGUCUCAGACUUUACGAUAUCUCGAUAUGACAGGUAGUGUUGUUGACAGGGCUGGUAUGAGUGGUGUACAUUUGGGGAAAAAUGGUGUGAGACUGAUCUUUAGCAAUGGAACGAUAUCUCAUUCAGCUUAUUAUGGGAUCCAAGCAGCUUAUAGUGCGUUUGUGUUAAUGGAUGGUGUAACAUUUGACUCAAAUAAUUGGAAUGGUGCUUACUUCCAGUAUCCGUUAAAUCUGUCCUUUAUAAACUGUAUAUUCAGGAAUACGCAUGGGCAAAAUACAUAUGCAAUUUACGUUGAAGGUAUGGGUAAAAGCUAUGCUGGCUCUUCCCGGUCGCAAGUUACUAUGACAAUUCAAGAUUCUGUGUUUGAGGAAAAUUCACGACAUGCUGUAAAAGUAACUACUGCAACGCAUUAUAAUGAUUUUAAUCUGUUGAUCAACAUCCAAAAUAAUAUAUUUCGCAACAACAGUGACACUCUUAUGGGUCUUGAUUUACAUAAAGGAACUGAUGUUUACAUUCAACGUAAUACAAUAAAAUACAAUAAAGGGUCUUCCAAUCUUAUAGAUUUACAUCCAAUAUAUUAUCAAUACGAUUACCGGACAGUCAAAAGUGACGUCCACAUCGUCGGCAAUGAGUUCUCGAGAAACAAAGGUCUAACAAUGGUUUACCUACACCCAGACAACGCAGUAAAUAAUCGAGGCACACUAACUGAUAACGUAUUCACUGAUAACGUUGCAUCGCAUGGCAUUAUACGGACAACGUCCGGGAAUUAUUCGAUGCAUUACAAUAUACUAGAGAACCCGUCGAGCGUUUAUGAGCUUUAUGUCGCAUAUAAUGGCGAUGACAUCAUAAAUGCUACGUACAACUGGUGGGGAAGUGCAGUAGAAGCAUAUGCUGAUGAACGCAUAUUUGAUAAAAAAGAUGCUAUUAAUGCUGCAGAGGUAGUUUACGUUCAAAUGUUAUCAGGAAAAGUAUUUACAUGCUUUGCUGUGAACAACUGUUCUAACCAUGGUGAAUGUGUUAGGCCUGAUAGAUGUCGUUGUGCAGAUGGCUGGCAGGGGGCAGAAUGUAAUCAGGUUUCAUGUGAACAGGUCUCUGAUUGUUAUGGUAAUGGCAAUUGUGUUGGACCAAAUGUUUGCGAAUGCACUGGGGGUUGGACUGGAGAGACCUGUGCAGAUGCAACAUGCUACAAUGUAAACAAUUGUUCAGGAAGAGGAUACUGUUUGCAACCAGACACAUGUUCAUGUUUUUCUUCCUAUGCGGGGAAUGACUGCUCACAAUGCCAAGAUUUGUAUUGGGGUCAGGAUUGCGAGCCAUGCCCGCCAUGCGUCAAUGGAUACUGCGACGAAAUAUCAGGUGGAUGCACAUGCUCAUCAAUUAAGUGGGCCGGGGAGCUAUGCAAUGAGUGCAACAGAACAUUCUAUGGGCCUUACUGUUUACCUCUGCCAACAGUUCUCUUUGUUGCCCCGUCAACAGGGCCUGAUAUAGGUGGCACUCUGGUCAACGUAUUCGGGCAUAAUUUUGAGAACAGUAGUGAUGGUCAGUAUAGAUGCCGUUUCGGUAAUAUCGAUGUUAUUGCUCAGUGGCUAUCACGUGAUCAUGUGCGAUGUAUUAGUCCAAAGCAAGUUGGCUUAGUUGCUGUCAAUGUUGGACAACCAGGAGGCGAAUUGACAAAUGAGAGAGUUACAUUCAAGUAUCAUCCUACAUGUCCUAGCAGUGCUUGUGGACGAAAUGAAACACCACCUCAUGGAAUUUGUUUGUUUGGACAAUGUUCAUGUAUUCUACCCUGGGAAGGAGAGUUGUGUCAGGAUAUAGUAAUUGCGCCAUUGUUUGAAGAGGUUGAUCUCACUUCCGUCCGAGAAGGAAGGAGAUUUGAAGCUCAAAUGGAAAUAAAACAGGGAACUAGACCAGUAACAUGGCAGCUGUUAAAUGGGCCUUCGGGAUUAUCUCUUGAUCCAAGAUCCGGUGUAUUGGUUUGGCCAAGAACUUUGGCACAGAAGAAACCUUAUAAUGUUCGCCUGCGUGUAGAAAAUGUUAUUGGUUCAGAUAUCUACACCUUUCAGCUGAGCGUCCCAUUAAGCUACAACGUCACAGUGACGUCAUUGUCUGUCAGUGGUAUUUUGUCACAACCUUCGGAAGUUUACAUUUAUGGUUACGUUGACCUCUUUGAGGAGAAAUGGGAAAAUAAAAGAGGAACAGUUCUGGUGCACAUUUGUGUAAUAAACAAUGGAAGAACUCGUAAAAUACCGGCACUAACCGAUCUAGUAGACAGAGGGCGCUAUGCAGCAGUAUACUACCCGAAUCCUGCAGACAGUGGCAUAUUCGAAGUUGGUGCUCAACACCCAUCUGAAGACAGGUGUGAUACCCAAGCUCAUUGGACAGUGUUGGGAAUGCAAGUGCAGCCUGCUUAUGCGUAUCACAGAAGAUUUUUAGAUGAUAGCAAAUUGACUGAAGUGGCCAAGCUGGUUAAUACCGGAUCUCUACCAUUAUACAACAUAUCAGUUCAGUUGAGAGGAUUUGGACCGCCCCUUACAAGUCUUAUUGUCAAACCGAGCAACAAGACGACUGCUAGCAAUACAAUAUUUCUUUCUGUGCUAGCCGCUGGUCAAAAUGUGCCAUUCGACAUCGAAGUAGAUGCAAAUGAGUCUUUGCGAGGGAGAAUUGGCAUUAUAUUUACUUCCCAGUCUGGGACAGUCGCUGUAUACUGGUUAAAUUUAAGGCUCGAUGUAAGGACACCGUUGCUUAGAGCGAACCCCAACUUCCUCUCUACAAGUGUGAAUAGAGGGGAGCAAAAGAGUUUUGAGAUUGAUAUAAGUAACGAGGGAAUUAUUUCUGCUCGUGAUGUAAGAGUUCAACUAAGUGGCGACCCUUUAAUAUCUCUAAUCUCCUUCUAUCCUGAAACAGAAAAUUCCACCGUCAACCAAGAUGGAACAUUCACAAUUCCUGCUUCAACAAAAGCGACGCUGUCUUUAUCGAUUACCGUACCUCCAACAGAAUCCAUCGGAGACCGACGUGGUUCAAUGAUAGUUCGAUCAAAACUAACGGAGGCUGUAAUUCGAUAUAAAAUCCUUAUCACGUCUAGUAAUAAAGUUGAUUUGAGAAUACGAGUAGAAGAUGAAUAUACAUAUUACACUGAUGGUGACCCGUUGGUUGUGGGAGCUAAAGUAAAGCUAAGGAAUCCACAAAAGGGAAACGUUAUUGAAACCUACACGACCUCAAACAGCACAGAGCUGCUGUUUGAUGAUCUUGAAGAGGCAUACUACACUUUGCAAGUGAGUGCAGACAGACAUACGUCAUACAGUGCUGUCAUUCUGGCAUCUCAAGCCAACCCAAAUGUGACAGUUUUCCUACAGAGAACGGCAGUGAAGUAUAGCUGGACUGUGACUCCUGUUACGUACGAAGACAAAUACAUUAUCACGUUAGAUUCAACUUUUGAAACCAAGGUACCAAUGCCAGUUGUUACAAUCGAACCACGACAGAUAGAUCUAACUGCUUUGGAAGAGGGGGAAAAAGAUGAAAUUGUAUUUACGAUAACGAACCAUGGAUUGAUACGAGCACAAAACCUUAGAUUUGCACUUCCAUACAAUCAUCCUACACUUGAUUUCAAACAGACAGUUACCAACAUCGGCGACAUCGAGGCCAACACAACUCUUAUAGUUCCAAUAAAGAUUCAUGAGAAACCAAGACAGAAAAGGAACUUUCUCUUGUGCUUAGCCUUUGGAAUUAAAUUGUUCUGGGACUACUUGUGUGGUGUUCUCAGGACGAAUAAUCUUGAUGUCAUGCUGCAGCGUCGCCAAGAGAUGUCUCGUAUUCCACCUAAUGUAUGUGGAAGCGACAAAGUACCAGAAAGAGGGGGUGGCUAUAUAGGAGGUGGAGGAGUUCCUGGAAGAUCAACUGUUUCUACCAGCGUACGUAACUAUGAAGCUGUAACACCAAUGUCAUGUGACUGUGCCCUAAAACUAAUUACUGACUGCCUGCUACCAAUGUCGCCGGGAUUUGGACCAUUCUAUUCCCUUGGACGAAAGGCAUAUGCACUAGGAGAGGCCAUUGCUAGUGACAAACGUAAGCGUCGAGAUCUUUAUGGAGAAACAGUACAUGCACAUGACUAUUACUAUCCAUUAACGCGACAAAAAAGAAAGAAAAGAGAUAUUGUCGAUGUGGCAGAUGCUGCUGCAUCAAUUAGUUCAAAGUAUGGUUGUGCCAAAGCAAUAGGAGAGGCUGCAGGCUUGACAAAUACAGGCGCUGAUAUCGACACGAUUGCUUCUUAUAUUGAACCACACGAAGGGAUCAGAACCACAGCUUAUGAAGACUCUAAAUCAUUUGUCACGGUUGGGAUAGGGUUCAAUAUGGAAAGAGAUGGCGCAAGAGAAGAUUGGAAAAAGCAUCUUCCCGAUGUUGAUUUUGAUAAGGUCUUUAAAAAAGAAUUAAGCCUGACUGAUCCUCAAGCCAGAAAGCUGUUUCAGGGUGAUUUAAACGAGAAAUACAUACCAACUGCAAAACGGCUCAUAAAUGACUUUGAAAGAAUGCCCAGUGAGCUCCAGGGAGCUAUAGUAGACGCUUUAUACAGGGGUGAUUUAGGCCCAAAGACUCAGGACCUGAUCAACCAAAAGAAGUGGAAAGAAGCGGGGGAGGAGUAUAUCGAUCACGGUGACUAUAGAAAAGCUUUGCAAGGCGUAGAAGGCUAUCGUGGUAUCAAAACUAGAAUGGAUGAGAACAAGGGAAUAUUUCAGAAACAAGGUGAACCAGCUGCGGGAGAAAGCAUUGUGAACAAUGCCCUUAAGAUCGGAGGUGAUUGCUUACCUGGUGCUAUUGGACAAUCCGUAGGCUGUUUACAUGUCGCCACUACUGAGUGUCCGAAAUUGAAUGAUGCCGAAGCGACAGAAGGUGGAACUAGAAGAAGACGUUCACCAAUUGAGGAUGUGCAUGUCAAUAUGGCGAAAGUUAAUUCCAUAGUUUAUGAUAUGUAUCAACUUUCCUACCAUUUGUAUGGAAACAUAGAAAUGUUCAAUCUUGGUCUUGGACUAUGGUAUCAAAAGUUCGAAGAGAGUAUAUCUGACAACAGUGACCUAGGAACAUCUUUAUCGUUAAACGAAUCGUCGAAUGUAUUACAAUACAUCAAUGAGACACAUCAUAUGUUGGUGUCUGGGUUCCUCCGGAGAUGGAACAAUUCUGUUAACUCCUGGAGAAAUGGUGUCAUGGAACCAUCGCCAAAUCUUGAUAUUAUAUCUAAAUCAAUGCUUGAAACCACCAUGCAUAAAUUUAAAGAGGAGCACCAAAAAUCUGUAGAGAGAGGUUUCGAUAACGUGUUUGCUGAGUUUGACAACGCAUACGUGGCUGUUAGGGAUGAGUUUGAAAAUAAAAAGAAAGAAGAUGGCGUAUGUGCUAGAGUGAGAAUACGAAUAGUUCAAGAGGCAGUUCUAACACGAGAUGCAUUUAAUGGAAAGCUUGAGAUUGAAAAUGGCGAGGGAUCUCCUCUAAAACACAUCAAGGUGGAGAUUUACAUCUGGAAAUCACAAGAUGUUAACCAGAAAUAUAUGAUGGAACAUUUUGCCAUAGGUGAUCCAGAAUUAAGUGGUAUUAGUUCAGUGGAUGGUUUUGGAAGUCUGGCUGAGGGAAUUUCUGGAACUGCUGAAUGGUUGAUAAUACCUUACUCAACAGCUGCACCGUCGGAAGAUGUCGUGUACGAUAUUGGUGGUAUGUUCUACUACUCGGUAGAUGGAUCCAAUUUCACGGCCCCUCUGCUUGCUGAUAGUGUAACUGUGAAACCUGACCCACGACUUCAUAUUCAUUACUUUCAUGAGAAAUAUGUAGAGGCUGAUGAUCCAUUUACAGAGCUUGUAGUUGAGCCCUCGAUUCCGUUUAGCUUGGCUGUUAUGAUAACAAAUGUAGGUAAUGGCGUUGCAAAAGCAUUUAAGAUAACUUCAGCUCAACCUAAGAUAAUAGAAAAUGAAAAGGGAUUGUUGGUGUCAUUCAAGAUUAUUGCAGCACAGUUGGGACAUGAAGAUAUAUCACCAUCCUUGACGAUAGACUUUGGCAAUAUUGAGCCUCAUCAAACAAAGACUGCCCGCUGGCUUCUGGAAUGUUCUCUAAAAGGAAAAUUUUUCAACUAUUCUGCCACAUUUGAAAAUAUUAAUCCCCUGGGUGACCCUGAACUUUCGGUGUUAGAUGUACUCGAAUAUCAUGACUUGAUUCACCUGGUUCGAAUGCGAUAUAAUAUGACACAGUCUGAUGACGGGUUCCGGGAUUUCCUUGUUAAUGAUGAACUUGAUGUAUUGGACAUGCCUGAUGUUGUUUACAAUAGCAAGGACCAAUCCAAAGAGCCAGUGUUCGUGAGUCCGAAUGUAACAUAUGAAAGAGUGAACAAACAUUGGUCAGGUAAAGAGUAUAAAUACAUGUACGUCAAUGUCCCUCUUAACUGGAAUUGUACUGAUUGGCUGUAUGUACGUUUUGAGCAUGAUAUUCAACUAGGUGCUGACAGUCACUUACUUCAGGUCACAAGACAUGACAGAAAGGAACUUAUAAGACCCGAAAAUGCAUGGAUGACAUGGCAUGUAGAGGAUUCACUAUUCGGACAUUUGUUUGACCAUUGUCCAUGGGUCCAAGACCAGUUGUUUCACAACUACACAUUUAUUGUUGGUCCCCUCAAUAAGCAUGAUCCAAAAGUGAAUGAGUCAAUCACAUCAAUUGAGGUUAAACUCCCAAUAUAUGACAAACAGUAUAUUUCAACUAUUGUUGCAACUGAUACAGACAGUGAUGGUAUCAAGUUCAGCUUGGUUGAAAAUUCCGUCUACUUCCAAAUUGAUAGUAAAAGUGGUGUAAUCACAGCAGUUCAAUAUAUUGAUUCCUUGGUUGGCGAACAAGCUAUUCACGUUGCAGUUGAAGAUGAUGGGAUUCCACCAAGGAAAAGUAUCAGUGUUAUUGAUGUAAUAUUUGAGACAGUUGUCACGAGUAUGACAACAAGAACUAUGACAUCUCACCAAACAGCCGAAGUUACAAAUGCAAAAAUCUAUACAGAACCAACUACAGUAACAUCUGCUGCUAUUACAGGCAAAGUAUCAAGUACACCUAACUACACAGCCAAAACUACAAAUGCAACAAUCUUUACAGAACCAACUACAGUAACAUCUGCUGCUAUUACAGGCAAAGUAUCAAGUACACCUAACUACACAGCCAAAACUACAAAUGCAACAAUCUUUACAGAACCAACUACAGUAACUUCUGUUAAUACAGAAAAUGGAUCAAGUACACCCGACCACACAGCCGAAACUACAAAUGCAACAAUCUUUACAGAACCAACUUCUACUGCUAAUACAACAACAAGAGCAACAACAUCCAACCACACAGCUGGAACAACGGAUGCUUUAACUACUACAGAACAAACUCCGGUGACAGCUGCUGGUAAUGCAACAGCACGAGCAACAACAUUCGAUCUCAUAAUUGAAACCACAGAUGAUAUGAUCAAUACGGAACGUACUCUGGUUACAUCUGCUGCUAAUACAUCCACAAUAGCAACCACAUCCGAUCAUACAGUUGGUACCACAGACUCAACAACGUUACAUGGUACAACUACCAGUGAUGCAACAGGUACAGCCAAGAGCACAGCUGGUAGUGCAACUGAUAUCCAAAUCAAUACUACAUACUCAGCGACUACAAUUCUUGGCUCUACGUUUGAAGAUACUUAUUCCACAGCAUCUCGAACAAUAACAACCGCAAGACCCAUAGUGACUUCCAGUUCAAUGACUCCCUCCAAAACUACUGGAUUGCUUUCUCUGUUGUUAACGUUGAAUAUGCUUUGGAAGGCCGUGUUUAGUAAUUUCAACGCAACUGAAACAAGCGCCUUGGUGAAUUCAAUACUGUUAUUGGUUCGAGCUGCGUUCAAAGAAAUGGCAAAUAUUCUCAAUAUCACUGUUGAUGGUUUAAGUCCAGGAAGUGUAAAAGUGAAACUAGGGAUUGUGCUAACUGGGAAGGCUGACAAUAAAACGGCAAAUCAAACCAGUGAUGUUUUGAAAAAACACUUGGAGACUGUAAACUACACGAUCGUAGGAGAGAACCAAAAUAUUACUAUCAAAAAUGAUAGUAUUGUUGUUAGCGUAAACCCUUGUCAGAACAUCGACUGUGGUGUAAAUGGAGACUGUGAAUAUGUCGAUCAGAAAACUACUUGCAAGUGUCAUCCAGGCUACCAAGGUCCUACUUGUGGGGACCGUAUGGUUGGAGAAUCGACCAAUAUCAUCAUUAUAAUAGUGUGUGUGGCAGUCGGUGCUUUAUGUAUCAUAGUGAUUGUUGUUGCAUGCUACUUUGCCAUGAAGAGGAGGAAACGAGUCAAAUCGUCUUCUAACACAAAUGAUGAUAAGAAUGUGUUUGGAUACAACUCUACAAUGCUACCUAAACACCAUAGAUUCAAUUCACCACCCCAGUCUGCUGAAUUAAGAUCCAGCUGGAUGGGUCGCCUCUGGGUGGACGAAACAGAUGAUCAGCGAUGA